AUGACAUCCCAACACUCCAGCUUGGAGCGCCAAGAGGAACGGCCUGAACAUACUGGAUGUGUGUCCCGGGAUACUGACUCUGUUGUGUCGAUUUCUACGGUAGACUCGGUGGCCGAUCACAAUGCAUUAGGAACAACUUUAACGGCUCGCGUCUCGUCACUGGCAGAGCGAGUAACGACAGUCGCGACAAAUGCCACCGCCGACCCCGACUAUGAGGUCGACUGGGAUGGCGAGGAUGACCCCGAGAACCCCAUGAAUUGGAAGUUCAAUUACAAAGUCAUGUGUCUUGUGUUUCUGUCAUGGAAUACUCUCACCGUCGUGCUGUAUUCAACUUCUUAUACAUCGGGUACUGCACUGAUCGCCGAAGAAUUCGGUCAGUCUAAGCCAAUCGUCACCCUCGGCUUGACUUUCUACUUGUUCGGUCUUGCCAUCGGUUCCAUGCUUAUGGCCCCAUUGAGCGAGGUCUACGGACGGAAACCGGUCUGUGUAAUCUGUCUAGCGCUAUUCACGAUCCUCAUCAUUCCCUGCGCACUCGCUAAAUCUGUUACGGAGUUGAUCGUUAUCCGCUUCAUCGGUGCUUUCUUUGGGAGUGUCAUGAUCUCCACGGCGCCUGGUAUGGUGGCUGAUCUGGUUGAUGAUGAGCAUCGCGCAUUGGCAAUUUCUAUUUGGAGUCUUGGGCCGCUGAAUGGACCAGUCAUUGGCCCUGUGAUAGGCGGCUUCAUCACUCAAUAUCUUGGCUGGCGUUGGAUGUGCUGGAUUGUACUCAUGCUGUCCGCUAUUGCAUUGGCAUUUGCCAUUUCCAUCAAGGAAACAUAUGCACCGACCUUGCUUCGAAAUAAGGCAGCCAAGCUUCGCAAAGAAAGCGGCGAUUCCCGCUGGUGGUGUCGCUACGAUGAAAAGGCGAGCCUUUACGAGAUUCUCAAGUUGAAUCUCAGCCGGCCCUUUGUGAUGGCCGUCUCGGAACCAAUCUGCAUCUUCUGGAACAUCUAUAUCGCAAUCAUCUACGGCAUUCUCUACCUCUGCUUUGUCGCCUACCCAAUCGUCUUCCAAGGAAUCCGCGGCUGGGACCUAGGUCUUUCGGGCCUGGCCUUCCUCGGCAUAGGUCUCGGCGUCCUCGUCACAAUCUCCUGCGAGCCCUUUAUCCGCCGACUAAUUGACAGCCACCCCAAAGAUCCAGAAACCGGGAAAGUAUAUCCAGAAGCAAUGGUCUCCUUCGUGUGCAUUUGUGCAGCUAUCAUUCCCAUCGGAGAGCUCUGGUUUGCAUGGACCUGCUCCCCGGUCUCUAUUCACUGGAUUGCGCCCAUUCUAGCAGGCAUUCCCUUCGGCGCUGGUAAUACCGGUGUCUUCAUCUACUCCUCCAACUAUCUGACCGGUAGCUACGGGAUGUACGCUGCUUCUGCUUUGGCCGGUAACUCGGUCAUUCGGAGUGUUCUCGGUGGUGUGUUGCCUCUCGCUGGCUCUUACAUGUAUGACAGUCUGGGGCCGAAUUGGUCAGGCACAUUGCUGGGUUUGUUGGAGGUUGCCAUUGUGCCGAUCCCGAUUGUGUUCUACAAGUAUGGACAUAAGAUUCGUAUGAAGAGUCCCCUGAUUACGCGCAUGCAGGAGGAGAAGAUGAAGCUGGAGGGAAAGAGGGCUAGGAGACAGCCUUUGCCUCAACAGGCGGAUCAGUCUAGUGAGGAGAAGGUUGACGAAGCGGUUUAG